AUGGACGCCAGGCCUUUUCGACCACGCGGCGGAGAAAACGCACACCAUCUUCUCCAACAACACAAGUCGACAGGAAACCUGGGCACGAUGGCCAACAAUACAGGGACCGGCUUCCGCGGUCCUGCCAAGCGAGCAGCCUUUGGCGAUAUGACCAAUGUCAGCAAACAAGCUGGACACGCUCGCGAUGAGGGCAAAUCAAUCAAGGUCCUUGCUUCAAAUGGUGUCAACCAACGCGCGCCUGUGAACAAGGAAAAUGUCGUCUAUAGCAAAGAUACUCUCUCUCGACCUGCUCAAAGGCCUGCCAACCUCUCGACACGACCCGCUCUCGAAAACAAGACAUCCGACGCGAAUAAGAAGACAUCACGUAACAGUGGUCAAGAGAUGUACGUCAAGAAGGAUACACAUGCUAGCGCCAAAGCUCCUGCUCUUGCAUCAACUCAGUAUGCCCCUGCUCUCCAACCUCGACACCACAAGAGCCAGCCUCAGCUCAAGCCUCAACAACAACAAAGUAGUCUACGUCGUACCCAGAGCAAACAGCUCGAAAAGAUCGUGCCCAAGCCGGAUGUCGACAUGGCAGCAGCAUCGCAGGAGCAUGACUACCCAUACGACCAAGCAUCAUAUCUUGAGUCCAUGUAUCUUCCCAUCGAAAGUGGUGUUGAUCUGGAUGCACUCGAGAAGGAGGAGUAUCCCGAGCUCGCUGCUAAACUCCCUGAAAUAUCUGAAGAAGAAUCAGUCGCCCCCGUGUCGUACGAAGAAAUGCCCAACCCUGCCAUGUCAGAGGCCGAGGAAUGUUGGGAGGAGCUGGACGAUGAGGAUUUUGAUGACCAGGAUCAAGCAUACACAACAGCGCAUUCAGUUCGUUCCCGAGAUUUGACUGCAGGAGGUGCCACGGAAAUCGUUCCACUACCACGCGUGACGGCGCGUGUGCAGCGGGAACUUGAAGAUGCCCGAGAAGAGGUGGAGCGGACCCGCACACAAGACGAGGUUGAGGAGGAGUUAUGGGAUGUUAGCAUGGUUGCCGAGUAUGGUGACGAGAUUUUUGAGUAUAUGCGUGAGCUUGAGAUCAAGAUGCUCCCUAACGCGCACUACAUGGAUAACCAGACCGAGAUCCAGUGGUCAAUGCGAUCAGUCCUUAUGGACUGGCUUGUGCAGGUGCACAACCGAUUUGGCCUUCUUCCUGAGACACUCUUCCUGACGGUCAACUACAUCGACCGUUUCCUCUCACAGAAGAUCGUUUCGAUCGGCAAGCUUCAGCUUGUUGGUGCCACCGCCAUCCUGGUUGCCUCUAAGUACGAAGAGAUUAACUGUCCUUCUCUUGGAGAGAUCGUCUACAUGGUUGACAAUGGAUAUACUGCCGACGAGGUUUUGAAGGCCGAGCGGUUCAUGCUUAGCAUGCUGAGCUUCGAGCUUGGCUGGCCUGGCCCCAUGAGUUUCUUGCGCCGUGUUAGCAAGGCUGAUGAUUACGACCUGGAAACUCGCACUCUGGCCAAGUACUUCUUGGAGCUCACCAUCAUGGACGAGCGAUUCGUGGCAUCACCCCCAAGCUUCCUAGCUGCGGGGGCGCAUUGUCUUUCUCGACUCAUUCUCAAGAAGGGUGACUGGUCUAAGCAGCAUGUCUUCUACUCGGGGUACACCUGGAGUCAGUUGAAGAACUUGGUAACGAUGAUGAUUGAGUGCUGUGACCGCCCUCAUAUGCACCAUGCCGCCGUCUUCGAAAAGUACACAGACCGUCGAUACAAGUCUGCAUCUUUGUUGGUGCAAGAGGCGCUGGACCUUGGCUUCACCCUGCCCCAUCAGCUCACUCCCGUCCGUCAAGAGCCUGAUGCAUACCGCGAGGCCAGUGCUGAUGUGUCGAUCGCGCAACCCCAGCUCAUUCCCAUCGAGGGAUAA